AUGGUCGAUAAACCCUUAAAGACAAGUCAACGGAAAGUGUAUUGGCUUAUAGGCACGGGGAUUUUUAGCGCGUUGGUUCUGGUUAUUUGCAUUGCCGUUCCCAUCUCAGUGUAUCAGGCGAAGUAUCAGCGCAUGCGAGAGACACGAAUUGCUGCAGAAAUUUUUGAGGUUGACCGAUGGGUUUCUUUUUUUCGAAGUGAUGUCAUUGAUGCCAUUUCCACAGCAUAUGGACUUGAGGGAUUUGCACUUGGCUCCAUGAAAUUUAUUCCACCUUUUAACGGCACGCCAGAGGAGCGCGUCAAAGGGCAAGAAUUUGCUGGAUUUACUGAAUAUGCCUCUUUGUUACGCGUCUCGCCACAUUUGGUGGCGCAGAUACUUGCGCCGGGUGGUGUGGGACUUGAAGUUUUCCCGUCGGUCCCCUCCAUUCGUAUGUUGGACUUUCUAAAUAAUGACAGUAUGGGGGAACCUACAGCUAUUGAAUCAGUUGACAGCACGAAGUCAUGCGUUUUGGGCCCAUUGUACCGUGCCGUUCCUGGGAUAAAUGCGACGUGGCAAUUGAUUGUACGUGAUCCCAUUUAUGAUACCAAAGACAAUAAAAGGGCAGAAAGGAAAACUUUUUGGGGAUUUGCUCUUGUUGUGUUGAAUGUGGACACCAUGAUGGGUGAAAGAGCACGGGAAGACAAUAUGAAUGGAAAAGGACUCGACUAUCUCCUUUACACCGUAAAGAAUACGUCGGGCAAAAUCACUCCCAUCUGCUUCUCAGUGAAGGAAAAUCCCACAUUAGAGGAAAUGAAUGAAUUUAUCAGCACUGGAACAAAUAGGGCAGUGUUGCGUAACCGCCUUAGUUGGUAUGUAUGCAUGCGAGGAAAGCAUCGGGAGAGCACACCUACAAAAACAACUAUUGCUGUCAUUAUAGUAGUUGCUUUAUUAAUUGCCCUUGUUACAUUUUUGGCUAGUGCUUCAACCGUGUUGCUUUGUUUGAAAGAAUAUGACGGUAGUGCGAAUGCUCCUAAGGCGGCACCCUUUGCAAUAGCCAUUCUUGGUCUUUGUAGUGCGGAACAGUUAUGGGAAUUAUCACCGGAUCGUAUGGUGUUUGUUUCUGAGCGAUUGGCAACGUUACAGAGGCAAGAAAUUAUUCGUCAUAAUGCUUACGAAGGAAUGCAGUUGCAUCCAUAUACCACCACUAUUAUCACACGUUCCGUGGAGACCGCGGUGCGGUUAUGCUUUUCUGUGAUUGAGGAAUUAAACUCCCAGCCAAUUGAUGACCCGCUUCGGGAAUUAUUAGGGGAAGAUGGACGUCUACUUAUUGCAUGUGCGGUGCACUGGUGCACAGACGCCACGGUACGAGUAGAAAGUAAUAGCGGUGUUAUUCGUUAUGAGGGGCCGGAUGUGGUUUAUUGCGGUAGGAUGUGGAUGUUUGCCGCCCCAAAUGAAGUUUCCAUUAGCCGUGCAGCACGGGAGUUAGCGAUGAAAAUGGACGAAGUACAAAUUUGUUCUCUUGCCAGCGUCUUUUUACGUGGUGUGGCAGGGCGACAGGAUUUGUUUACCAUCAGUAAUCCACAGAGAAAGCGGCUUGUUGAUGCGGCAAACCGCGCAAAGAGACGCAUAUCUAGCAGUUUGGCGGUCCAAUCCCCCACCAGGGAGAUUGUGUCCGAGGGCAAUCCGCUCUCCGCUGGUGCGGAAUUGUUCCCGCGCAACGGGAUGUAUCCCCCUUGCAAUUCUGAAAUGCGUGGGGUGGCUUCCAACGCAACUGCCCAACUUCGCAGCGAGUUAAGCUCGGGGUCUGUUGGGUCCCGUAGUGGGAACCCAAUCCUCGAUACCAGCAUGGGCGCAUGCGGACGGUACAUGCCGGAGGUAUCGCGGGGCUUGAAACGCUUCAGUCAGAUAAAUGGGGUGAGGACACUUAUUGAAUUGCUUCCAACAGAAAUUGCGUGCCCAAGUGAGGCGGCGGGCUUUGACACCAGCCAACGGCCCUCUAGUUCCCCGUUGAGCCGUGACCAUGUCGGGUCGUCGACGGAUGAGGGCCACACGAGACCCCGCACGACCCCGACAGACGAAGAAAAGGAUUGGCGGCGGAUUCCAAAAGGUGGUCAGUUUCUUGCCGUGGGGCGAGGCAGCACUGCCAACUGGAGUAAGAAACCGCUUAAACAAGUCGAUCAAAACGUUGGAAACGGUAUUGUGGCAUUCAGCGGUGGACUCCGUGCGGAGGAUUUGGAUGAUGGUGACUUUGUGACUGAGGUGCUGCGGCACCCAACCAUUCCCACCUUUGUGGAUACGCAACUUCGUGCCGUAUUUGAGCAGCAGUCUUUGCUUUUUGACUUUAGCUACGACUCUGUACGUACCGUUGUUUAUUACUUCUUUUCGGCGUUCAAGUUGCUGCUGAAACCUUUAGCGACACCAGAGCGUAACAACAUUUUUAAUCGCCUUGUCACUGUCUUUGGGAUACCACAGGAACAUAUUUUAGAGCACCUUGCUGUGCGAUGUGUGCUGCGGUACAUUCAGCAGUUGGAAGAAGCGCGUUCAUUGUUAUGGAACUGCGAACAACAGCUGCGACUGCGUUCACUGGCAAGAGGGCAGAUGCGAUCAUUCACGACGAUUGACAGCAGCACGACAAAUCCCCUAAGCGAGGAAUCAUUUGAAGAACUUUCGCGGUCUAUUGUCUAA